UCCCACAGCCCCUCCAUCUUUGACGAAGAAGUAGUUCUUAAAACUUGAACAAACUGGACUCCAACGUCUAAUUCGGCGUUUGAAACCGUAUUCGCGAACAAGAGUCGUGCUUUUUAACCGUUCGGUUCCGUAAUACUAAUUCCCGAUGUAUUCUGAAAAAGCGAUUUAGCUGGACGUCUUUCACAUAGACACGGCGUCAGUGAGUGAGUCACUCAUGUCCCACACUUGGAGACUUAACAGUUAAAAAGCGCAGCCCACACUUGUCUCGGAUGGCCGCUCACUGCCGUUCUAUGCACCAUUUCAUUCUCCGAAAGGGUGCCGGUUCCUCGGCGAGUUGAGCCUUCUUUUUAAGAGCCGGGUCGAGGCUAGAGGACAGCGGCGAGGGGGUCGCGCCGAGGAACCCGCCAGCAGCUGAGCCGGCCGGGCGUCAGAAUGAGGAUGCCCCGAGGAGGACGCCUGUUUCUGGCGACGUGCCUGGGAUCUCUCGUGGUCCUGGUGCUUUACUUCCAGAAUAUCGGCAAGCCCGAACUCAGUGUUGCGAGCAGCAACAGACCAGAGAAAAGCAGGAGAAGUCCAUUGCAGACCCUCUACAGUGGAGACCAGCAGCUGCAGCUGUUGGCUGAUCAGAAGUCGCUUCAAGGUCGCAGGGAGCUGCUGGAGCAGGCUUGUCUGAGUCAUACAAAGAAGCGGCGGGUCCUUUCUCCGGAAGAUCUCAAACACCUCAUUGUGGACGACAAACACAGCCUCCUUUACUGCUAUGUACCCAAGGUGGCCUGCACCAACUGGAAGCGCAUCCUCAUGGUCCUCACCGGCGACGGCCGCUACAGCGAACCCCUCGCCAUCCCCGCCAACGAGGCCCACGUCGCGGGCAACCUGCGCACGCUGUCCGAGUUCUCGGUCCCCGAGAUCAACCGCCGCCUGCGCAGCUACCUCAAGUUCAUCUUCGUGAGGGAGCCUUUCGAGCGCCUCGUUUCGGCCUACCGCAAUAAAUUCACGCGCAGCUACAACACAGCUUUCCACAAGCGCUACGGGACGAAGAUCAUCCGGCGGCACCGCACCGACCCGGAUCCCGAGGCCCUGGAGAAAGGGAACGACGUGUCUUUCCAGGAGUUUGUCCAGUAUCUCGUAGACCCUCGGACCCAACGAGAGGAGCCUUUCAAUGAGCACUGGGAGAGGGUGCACUCGCUCUGCCAUCCGUGUCUGAUCCACUACGACGUGGUGGGCAAGUACGAGACGCUGGAGCCGGACGCCCGCGCUGUGCUCUCGUUGGCGGGGGUGGAGGACAUAGUUCAGUUCCCAACGCCCGGGAAAAGCACCAGGACGGAUGGCGACAUGGCGGCUCGCUUCUUCAAGCACAUUAGUCCUUUUUAUCACAAGAGACUGUUCAAUCUCUAUCGUAUGGACUUCAUGCUCUUCAAUUACUCAACUCCUGAGUAUCUGAGAACUUGAUGAGAGGGGGGGGCUUUGAUCUUUGUGAGCUCGACUCAGCUGUUUUCGUGAUGGUCAAUUUGCACUUUUUCAUCACUGUGGACUUCGAAGCUUUCUCCUCGUUGCUGUAUGAUGAGCCUCGUAUGCAGAAAAUUAUUUAAUUUUAUGGUGGAAAUUUACUUGUACUAGGGCUGGGCGACAUGGCUUAAAAGUGAAAUCCCCUUAUAACCCCCCCCACGCCCCC